AUGAGCGGAAGCGCCGCCGCCGCGGUCGCCGCCGCCGCCGCCUCAGCAGCCGCGGCCGCCGCGCACUUCCAGCCUCAGUCGUCGUCUCCCAGGCCGGGCCCCGCCGAGCUCGGGCCCCCGCGCCGCCUGCGCGCCCCGCCGCCCCGGCUCGAGCCCCCUGCCGCCGGCCGCCUCAGUCCUCCGGGCCACGGGCCUCUCCGGCCGGGAGCCCAGGGUGGCGGCGCCUGCGGCCGAGCGCCGGGAGCAGGUAGUGUUGGCGCUUCUUUUCAGUGCCAGUCCAUCCAUCACGACCACAUUUGUCAUGAUGACAGUGACAAGAGUGAAGACAGUCCAAGCCCCAAGAGACAGCGCCUCUCUCACUCAGUCUUCGAUUACACAUCAGCAUCACCAGCUCCCUCUCCACCAAUGCGACCAUGGGAGAUGACAUCAAAUAGGCAGCCCCCUUCAGUUCGACCAAGCCAACAUCAUUUCUCAGGGGAACGAUGCAACACACCUGCACGCAACAGAAGAAGUCCUCCUGUCAGGCGUCAGAGAGGAAGACGGGAUCGUCAGUCUCGACAUAAUUCCAUUAGUCAAGAUGAAAAUUAUCACCAUCUCCCUUAUGCACAGCAGCAAGCAAUAGAAGAGCCUCGAGCCUUCCGCCCUCCGAAUGUAUCUCCCCGUCUAUUACACCCUGCUGCUCAUCCGCCCCAGCAGAACGCAGUGAUGGUUGACAUACAUGAUCAGCUCCAUCAGGGCAGCGUCCCUGUGUCUUACACGGUGACGACCGUCGCGCCCCACGGCAUCCCACUCUGCACGGGCCAGCACAUCCCCGCCUGCAGCGCGCAGCAGGUCCCGGGGUGCUCCGUGGUCUUCAGCGGGCAGCACCUCCCCGUCUGCAGUGUGCCUCCCCCCAUGCUUCAAGCAUGUUCUGUUCAGCACUUACCAGUACCGUAUGCUGCAUUUCCACCCCUUAUUUCCAGUGAUCCGUUUAUUUUACAUCCUCCCCAUCUUUCUCCUCAUCAUCCUCCUCAUUUGCCACCUCCAAGCCAGUUUGUCCCUUUCCAAACACAGCAGUCACGAUCGCCUCUGCAAAGGAUAGAAAAUGAAGUGGAACUCUUAGGAGAACAUCUUCCUGUGGGAGGUUUUACUUACCCGCCAUCUGCCCACCCCCCGACAUUACCUCCAUCGGCUCCUUUGCAGUUCCUGACACAUGAUCCUUUGCAUCAGGAGGUUUCGUAUGGAGUACCUUAUCCUCCAUUUAUGCCUCGGAGGCUCACAGGACGCAGUAGAUACCGGUCCCAGCAGCCCAUACCACCUCCCCCCUACCAUCCCAGCUUACUACCAUAUGUGUUAUCAAUGCUUCCAGUGCCACCUGCAGUGGGCCCAACUUUCAGCUUUGAAUUGGAUGUGGAAGAUGGAGAAGUAGAAAAUUACGAGGCCCUGUUAAACCUAGCAGAGCGACUGGGAGAGGCCAAGCCUCGAGGACUGACUAAAGCAGACAUCGAACAGCUUCCUUCUUACCGGUUCAAUCCUAACAACCACCAGUCAGAACAGACUUUGUGUGUAGUAUGCAUGUGUGAUUUUGAGUCAAGGCAGCUACUUAGAGUUUUACCCUGUAACCAUGAGUUCCAUGCCAAGUGUGUCGACAAAUGGCUUAAGGCAAAUCGUACUUGCCCAAUCUGCCGAGCUGAUGCUUCAGAAGUGCAUCGGGAUUCAGAAUGA